CAUCAAUUGUGAUAAUCAACACCAUCGAAUUUUCCAUCGAAAAGCGCAUCGCCGUUGUCGCCCAGACCUCAUUUUCCUGUCUAUCACGUUUUUUCCGCGUCUCCAGACACUUCAAUCUGCCAAAAUGGGCCUGCCUUUGUUCAUCACACCAGUCGAGCCUGAGAUCGCAUCCAAAGCAACUGAAAAAGUCGCAUCGGGACCACGAUCUGCAAUUCGACGACAACGAACUGUCCGUGGACCUCAUGCGCGCUUAUCUGCUGAGACUCGCAGACGCCGUAUGCUGGGGAUGGUGUCCGAUGCGCGUCCCGAAGACUUCGAAGUACAAAUCCUGGAGCCUCCCUCUGGCGCUGGAGGCCCUCCGAAUGAGAGCGAGAUGCCUUCGGGUGCCCCUUUUCAGUCGCGUGCAAUGCGCAUAUUUGAACAAGAGCGAAUGAGGUUACGCGAUACACUCAGUUUUGAACGCCAACAUGCGCCGAACUCUGAAAUGGACGGGCCGCUGAUGCCUCCUGUCCCAGAGUCGAGAGAUUAUUCUGGAAUCGAAGAACGCCAGAGAGAGAUUCAACGACUUCGACAAGUCCGUCAGGAUAUUCGAAGAAUGGCCAGAAGACAGCCAGCACCAACACCCCCUUACACCGAUAGAGAUAUAGAGUAUAUGGCUCGAACAGGAACUGGAAUCAACUCUCCGCGACCCUCUUCUUUGACGCCUGCCCUAUCGCCUUCCCACCAACCUUCCACCGCAUCUUCACCGCUCCGCCGAUUGUCAGACGACUUCAGUUUUACUGCCCAGGCUCCCCCGUAUGCAGCUGAGCAAGCUGGAAGACCAACACUAUCCGAAAGGGUCCAAGCUCUGAGCCGAGCAUCAAAUAACUUCGAGAGAUCUCGCCGACUUAUUCGUCAAGCUCAAUUGGAUGGCCUUGGUGACCGAGACCGAAGUUUGAGCCCUGAAGGUGGUGCCACCUGGGACACACUUCUCACAAGCAUCACUCCAGACCCACAACCCCCGAGCGCUGGUUCUUCAUUUGCAUCUGCAUCUGCUUCCGCAGCAGCAGCAUCGACCUCAAGCUCAGGACCAGCAUCGGCUAGCACGUCUAUGACAAGCCUGGGAAUGACGGAAGAUUCACCGACUCUUCGCGAUUGUGAUAUAUCAGAUUCUGGUUCCAAUACCGAGGAAGAGGAGGAGGAGGAUAUUUACGAGCUGCAGGACUUUGGCAGAGAUAGAGGCCAUCGAUUCUGGAGGACAUAUGCGGAGGUUGUCACUUCGAGGGCUGAUCGGGCUGCUCGACAUGGAAACACAACGGACACGACGGAGCAUUUGGGAGGUAUGCAUCGAAUUAUCUCCCGGCUUGCUGAGCGAGACGAAAUCCCGGAGAGCUGGUGGGCUUCAGCGGGACUGAGCCGAAACCUUCGCCGUGAGCCUACCUCGUAGGGAAGGUUAUUUUACAAAAGUCUAUGGGACGACGGAACGAUAUGGAGGGAUUGUGAUACCACCUUGUAUUUUAGCUUGUGUGUUUAUAGGACUCAAAAGUUCGCAAGCUUAUUUGUGGCUGGAGGGGAGCAUCUUCUGGAGUUCUUUGGCGUUUGGAGGCAUGGGGAGGGAGAGUUUACGAUUUGCCCUUUAUGAGGAGGUAGCCUUUCGAAUGACAACGUUGCCCACGAUCAUACUGAAUAACCUCAUCACUUCUUGCCCUUUUCCUCGCAUUGUAAUCGAGAUGGCGUCGAAAAUCUGCACAUGUCUCCACUCUCUCGAGCCAGGGUCUUGUCAGGCCGUCACUUCUGUCUAAUAGCUGCCCU